CGUCUUCAAAAGCAUGCAUGAAAGUUCUUCCUCCCUUGGUCUCUCUCAACAUCAUCAAACAUGCAUAACUGCUUUCCUAUGAGAACACAAUUUGCAGAAAAUGUGACGUUGGAUGCAUCGAUGGAGGUUCCGAAACGCGUGCUCAUAGUGAUGGACGCGCUCAAAGAGUUCUCCAUGGAGAUACUCGAGUGGGUGCUCAAGAGCUUCACCUUCGAUAAUUCUUCGAGGAUAAACAUCCUCGGCAUCACACCCUACCUCAAUAUACCUUUGUCUACCAAGACUUGGUCGGACAUGUGGGGCAUGGACCUAGAGGAUCUUAUUCCCUUACUAGAAAAAAAUGAGGUCAAGAUUGAUGUCAAGUAUAACAAACUUCAACGACUUCUCGAUCUGUGUCGAAAAUAUGGGGUGGUGCCGGAAAUCAGAACAGAAACGGGGCAUCCGCUGCAACUGCUGGUGAUUGAACAGAUCACCACUCUACAUGCUACUCUAGUAGUUUUUGAUAGGCACCAUGAUAAGAAGCAUAUAGAGUACUACGCGAAGAAGAUCCCAUGCAACAUGCUGGUGGUGAACGACAAUGGCAAAGCGCAACUAAUCAAAAAAGUUCAAUGCGAUGACUCAUCGUCUUCUCCUGCGCCUUCCAUUUCUAAAUCACAACUCACUCCCAAUAAUAUAUAAAUGCUAUAUGUUUCAUUUCCAAUAACACUGCAUUCUCUUAUCAUACCAAAAAUCAGGGAUAAUAAAACAUGAUUUUUUUUCUAUA